AUGGCUUCUGAGAGAGACGCCCAAGACAAGGCAAUUGUGGUGGAGUUUAGAAUCUCCAUGCAUUGUAAAGCAUGCGAGAGAACAGUGGCUAAAACCAUCUCCAAAAUAAAAGGGGUGGAGAAAUUUACAACCGACAUGACAAAACACAAGGUUACUGUGAUGGGUCGUAUGAAUCCAAAGAAGGUCCUGAAAAAGCUUAAGAAGAAGACAGGGAAAAGGGUUGAGAUUGUUGGGGACAAUGAUGGUUCCAAUGGAGGAGAUGUUUCAGGGAAGGGAAACUCUCUGAAGGAAGGUUCUGAUCCAUUGGUGUUUGGUGAAUGGGAUCAAUGUGCAAUGUUUACAAUGUUUAGUGAUGAAAAUCCUAAUGCCUGUCUCAUAAUGUAG